AGCGUAUAUAUUCUGCGAUCUGCUCUCGGUCCCUCAGUUGACAGCCCGGCUUAAGAAGUCUUAACUUCCCUCAAGUUGUGACUGUAACCUCUCCUGUAAUACAGGCAUACAUUCUACAAUGGAAAGGAUGUUGCAGGCUGCAUUACUCAUAGCUUUUGCUAUGGGGCUGGAUGGGCAUUCCUUGACCUUGGAAAUUCAGAAAGACAACCUUUGGUACAAGAGUUAUUGGCAAGGAAGGCAGAAGAGUGCAAUUCCAUCGACUGAAAUAUCGUGGAAAUCUCACGUACCGUCUGCCAUUCAGAUUUCGUCAGAGGAUACAAGCCAAAGCAUGGCAUAUGGAGAUUCGAUGCUGGCGGAAAAGGAUAAGAUUACCCGGAAUUUGAAGAGCAAGAAUAUGAGUUUACCUCGUGAUUCCGCCGCGUAUCUGCAUCAAGCCAUAUUCAGAAGGUCCUCCCCACGUUCCAGCCAAUUAUCCAAGAAAGGCUACACGAUGGACCAAGCCACUUCUUUCCUCAAAAACAAGCUCGAACUCAGGCGACGUAAGUGUAAUCUUUGACUUGUUAUGGUCUGGGACAUGUGACGAAACCCCGGCGAAUCCUCUCUGUGAAUACACACCCUACAGGUCUUCUAAUGGCACCUGCAACAAUCUUGCAAAUCCAGAAUGGGGAGCCACUUUUAGGCCCUUCCGCCGCUUAGCUCCGCCGAACUAUA